GAUGAUUCAAGGGAACCUUUCCAAGUCCUCCGGUUUUAGAGGAAGAAAAGAACAGGCAAGAGCAGGUAUUUGACCAGCUGGGUAUGAAAACAGGUGGUAAACUUCUCAGGUCUGGGCUGUGCUAACAGGACCCUUUAAAGGAAGAGCCAUGGCUACAGCAGCAGCUUCUCACCUGAACCUGGAUGCCCUCCGGGAAGUGCUGGAAUGCCCCAUCUGCAUGGAGUCCUUCACAGAGGAGCAGUUGCGGCCUAAGCUCUUGCACUGUGGCCAUACCAUCUGCCGCCAGUGCCUGGAGAAGCUACUGGCCAGCAGCAUCAAUGGUGUCCGCUGUCCCUUUUGCAGCAAGAUCACCCGCAUAACUAGCCUGACCCAGCUGACGGACAACCUGACAGUGCUGAAGAUCAUUGACACAGCUGGGCUCAGUGAGGCUGUGGGACUGCUCAUGUGCCGGUCCUGUGGGCGGCGGCUGCCUCGGCAAUUCUGCCGGAGCUGUGGUGUGGUGUUAUGUGAGCCUUGCCGAGAGGCAGACCACCAGCCUCCUGGCCACUGCACGCUCCUGGUCAAGGAGGCAGCUGAGGAGCGGCGUCGGGACUUUGGAGAAAAGUUAGCCCGUCUGCGGGAGCUUAUGGGAGAGCUGCAGCAGCGGAAGGUAGCCUUGGAAGGUGUCUCCAAGGACCUUCAGGCAAGGUAUAAAGCAGUUCUCCAGGAGUAUGGGCACGAGGAACGCAGGGUCCAGGAAGAGCUCGCUCGCUCUCGGAAGUUCUUCACAGGCUCUUUAGCUGAAGUCGAGAAGUCCAAUAGUCAAGUGGUAGAAGAACAGAGUUACCUGCUUAACAUUGCAGAGGUGCAAGCUGUUUCUCGCUGCGAUUACUUCCUGGCCAAGAUGAAGCAAGCAGAUGUAGCACUACUGGAGGAAACGGCUGAUGAGGAAGAGCCAGAGCUCACUGCCAGCCUGCCCCGGGAACUUACAUUGCAGGAUGUGGAGCUUCUCAAGGUGGGCCAUGUCGGCCCCCUCCAAAUUGGUCAAGCUGUUAAGAAGCCCCGGACAGUCAGCAUGGAAGAUUCUUGGGCCAUGGAGGCUGCAGCCUCUGCUGCCUCCACCUCUGUUACAUUUAAAGAGAUGGACCUGAGCCCUGAGGAAGUGGUUGCCAGCCCUAGGACCUCACCUGCUAAGCAGCGGGGUCCUGAGACUGCCACCAAUAUCCAGCAGUGCCUCUUUCUCAAGAAGAUGGGGGCCAAAGGCAGCACUCCAGGCAUGUUCAACCUUCCAGUCAGCCUCUAUGUGACCAGUCAAGGGGAGGUGCUGGUCGCUGACCGUGGCAACUACCGUAUACAGGUUUUUACCCGCAAAGGCUUCUUGAAGGAGCUCCGUCGCAGCCCCAGCGGCAUUGAUAGCUUUGUCUUGAGCUUCCUUGGGGCUGAUUUGCCCAAUCUCACUCCUCUCUCAGUGGCCAUGAACUGCCAAGGGCUGAUUGGUGUGACUGACAGCUAUGACAACUCCCUUAAGGUAUACACAUUGGAUGGCCACUGUGUUGCCUGUCACCGGUGUCAGCUGAGCAAACCAUGGGGCAUCACAGCCCUGCCAUCUGGCCAGUUUGUGGUAACUGAUGUGGAAGGUGGAAAGCUCUGGUGUUUCACUGUCGACCGAGGAGCAGGAGUGGUCAAAUACAGCUGCCUCUGCAGUGCUGUGCGGCCCAAGUUUGUCACCUGUGAUGCUGAGGGCACUGUCUACUUCACCCAGGGCUUGGGCCUCAAUCUGGAGAAUCGACAGAAUGAGCACCACCUGGAAGGUGGCUUCUCCAUUGGCUCUGUGGGCCCUGAUGGGCAGCUGGGUCGCCAGAUUAGCCACUUCUUCUCAGAGAACGAGGAUUUCCGCUGCAUUGCUGGCAUGUGUGUGGAUGCCCGUGGUGACCUCAUCGUGGCUGAUAGUAGUCGAAAGGAAAUUCUCCACUUUCCUAAGGGUGGAGGCUAUAGUGUCCUCAUUCGAGAGGGACUCACCUGUCCAGUGGGCAUUGCCCUCACUCCUAAGGGGCAGCUGCUGGUUUUGGACUGUUGGGAUCAUUGCAUCAAGAUUUACAGCUACCAUCUAAGAAGAUAUUCCACCCCUUAGGGGAAGAGAAAUAGCAGUUUCUUCUGCUUUCAAGCCAACUUCCUUUCCCUUAGUCCUUAGUUGUUGGUGGCACUAUAGAGUAGAUGCAGCCUGUGUCCUGAUUCCAGCUGGUUAGUCCUAGAAUUUUAGAAGCUCUGUCUGUCAGUGUUUUUUAUUUGUAUUUUUCCUAAAUUUAGAGCUUUAAUAGAUGUAUUGCUCCAGUAGGAUACAUGAUACGUGGAGUUAGCUGAAGUUUGAUUAGAAAUUAGGCACUUUCAGGGCUUCAGUAGAGAGUGCCACUUUAGCCUUUUGGUAGAUAGACAUUCCCUAUAUUGACUCCUUGUUGAUUUUCCCCUCUUUUGGCUUUGAUGUCCUUGGUCUGUUGUUUCCUUCUUAUUAGGAUGUGCUUCAUCUGUGACACUUUCUCUUCAACUCUGGCUGCAUUCAGUGUGCAUGCUCCAAUGAGAUCUGCUCCACUUUUCAGUGACAUUUCAGACAUCAUAUCCCUGUGGCAUGAUGUCUCAGGUGUGAUCAUCCUUACCAGUGUGAAAGCUCAUUCGUUUAAUUCCACCAAGGGAUAUAUACAGUCCUUUUGGAAUGCAGUGCCUCUCACUUGGGAGAUUUGUGCCAUCUUGGAUUGGUCUCUCAUUGCAGAUAUGACAGAAAACGGAUUGACUGUAGUUGGUUGGUGUUGAAAACUUCAGCCUGGAAAUUGAUUGCAUUUUGAAGGAGCAUAUGUAUUGGAAUUAUGCCAAAGCAUAGGAUGAUGGGAAUAAGCAAACCUGAUUGCUAAUGUAGUCCAAAAAUACUCUUGGAUGGUCUCUAGGGCUCAUCACUUUUCAUAUUACAUCUCUCCACUGACCUGUGCUAAGAGUUGUCUAAGAAAUUGCACAACAUAGGCCCAGGGCCAACAAAGCUGGGAGGUAGGACACACCUCAUUUUCAUUUCUAAACAACCAACCACCCAAACUGCUGGGUCCUCAUUCUGUAUUUUCCCCCAAGUGAAUGCUUAAUAUUUGGUUUUGAGAUUUAUUUCCAUUCCUCUAUCUAACAUUAAAUAAUUGAUAACUCUUUCUUCACCAUUGGUGUUCAUGUCUCUUAAUUAAAUAUGGGAUUUGGAGGAUGAGAAGAGAGAGAAUUUGUAUUGUACUGUUUUGCUUCCUUAUCUGACUGUGCAUUCUUUGAGAUCAUAGGAAUCUACCCAGAUGAAAAGCCAGCCAAAAGUACCAUUAUAUAAAGAUAAUCCAAAUCUCAUUCCUACAUACAUGUGUACAGUGUUGCGUUGGAGGUUAGAAUCACCAACACACUCUGUUUUAAAUUGAGCCUUCACCAUCUGUUUUUUUCUUAUGAUUACAGUUCAAAAAAGCGAGAGAGCCUUGUGCUUUUAAGAAGACAAGCUUAUGGGUAAAGGAAUUUGUGAUGCGGUUCUUCGGGCUUUGGUGUUUAUAAGCAACAUAUCAUGCUUUUUAGGUGCAGAGAUGAUGGCAAGCCAACGAGCUAUUCCCUUGCUUUCAAUGAAACAUAAUUUGUUAGGCUGAGCUACUCAAAACUGGUAGUUAUUUGUUGUUUUUUGUUGUUGUUGUUUUGUUCUUCUGUUGUGACAACUGCCAAAGGAUAGGAAAGGAGGUAAAGUGAUGCUGAACUAGUUUGUUUUUUCACCUGGAGAAAAACCCAUGUUCUGAUUAUGAAAUUGUGUCUGGUUUUCAAAGAUUGUGUAAUUGAGAGGAAAUUGAUUCAAUUAAAAGUGCAUCACAAAUGACUCCACUAGUUAUUAAAGCCACUUUAUCUGUGGUGGCACACAGCAGCAGGAGAUCUUUCUUUGCUGUCAGUGGAGGACCUGCUGAGGCAUUAACAACUGCCGAGGCCUUUGGCACAUGACUUGCAGUUGAGAAAUGAAUAUAAUACGUUAUUGUGGGCUGUAUUGAGGUAAAAAAACCAGGGGUUCUCCAGCUGCCAGUGCUUCUGGAAGUGCUAACACGGAUUGGCAUUCAGCAUUUAUAUCUAUUCCCAUAUCUGACCAUACUCAUGAUUCAGCCCUCAAGUAUACUAGGUGUCUGCCAGCUCAAAAUGGAAGUAAGUUGUGGUCUGAGUGUUUUUUAUUUCUUUUUCCCCUUUGAUGUGAAUAUUUUAGGCUGUGCAUAGUAGUCAAUUUUCAGUUAUCAGCCAUGUUGACUAAAUUGCAGAGUAUGGUCCCAAGAAACUAAUUUGCUCAAUAACAGCAGUUUUUGUUUGUUUCUUUUUUUAAGCAGCAAUAACCUUCCUCAAAUACAGUCUUACAUACAAGUCUAUCAUGUAAAACAGAUCAAAGAGCAGCUGCUCUGGUUGAAGCAGGUUUCUGAGCCUGGUGAACAAGUUGCUUUCUCCUCUCACCUCCUAACUUCCUGUGGUACCAUUGCAAAACUUGUGAAUCUAUAGGACGUUUUCUGAAAACCACUGAACUACACUAACUUCCUGUUCCACUGUAUUAAUCAUAGAGCCUUGGAGAGGUCACUUAACCCUUCCUUUAAUGGAAAGUCAUGAAAAUGAUCCCUGCUUCGUGUAGAGUGUGAGAAGUAAGAGAUAAUAGAUGUGAAAAUACCUGAUUCAGUUCCUGGCAUAGAGUUGGUACUCAGUAAAUGAUCGCUGUUAUUACCUUUUCCUGCUGAAUUGCUCAGGAGUGCCUGGUGGUGAGGAUGUCCAGCCAUGCCAAACAAUACCUUCCCUCUAGUCUUACAGGUUCUUAGUUGGCAAUCAGAAUCUCUCAGGCAUUUCCUUCCCCUGACCACAAGUCUCCAAAUAAAUCUGAGUCUCCUGUUCCUCUUCAUGGGUCCCAGGGUCCCAUGAAUAAUAAAGAUACUGAUGAGAUAAUGCCGUAGGUCUGAGGUCUAAGUGUGUAUUUCCUUAUAAUCUCCUACUUUACCACUGCCCUGCUUAUAACAUUCAUCCAGGCACCUGACUGAUAACAGAGUAUGUCCUCAGUUAUUUAAUUGGCUCAGCUAUUUAAUUGAUUUGAUGGUGUUUGUGGGCCCUCCAGUGAACUACUGAGUCUUCCUAGCACAGCAUCUUUACUUUGGAUAAAAAGGGAUUCCCAGACAGGCCUUUUUAUAAGGUUUCUAAAAGCUGAAGGCAAACAAAUUACUUACAGAUUAGCUAAGCCUCUUCUCCCAUUUGUCAUUCUGAGUAAUAUAUAUAUAUAUAUGAAUUUAAGACUUUUAAGGUUUUGGACCAAUGAGAUGGACUGCCUCACGUCAUUCAUGCAUUCACUAUUUAUUGAACACCUACUGUGGACCAGGCACUAUGUUAGGUAUCAGAGAUGAAAAAAAAUCUUAAUCUAAUGAUAAAUGUCAUUAAUGUAUCUACUUUCUCUGAAACUAUUUCACAGUCUUUUCUGUGUGAAGUAUUUGAACUCUAGUAUCCUUCUAUUGCUCUGGACUUCCUCAAAGGCCAUGGGUAGGAAGUGUCUGAAUAACUGUGAGUGUCAACCCUAAUGGACACUCCAGUCUGAGUCAGCAGAGGGGCACUCCAUUAUUCCAAUCAGUAGGAUAAAUUUGGCUUGGGUCUUAUAGUGAUCCUGUGGGUAAGGCAGGUAAGGCUCAAGCAGUUGUACUUUUAAUCUAGAACUAAUUAAUUGCCUCUUAAAAUUGAAUGUUACCUACCUCUGUGAGAUGAAAUGGAAGGCAGACCCUAGUACGAAAUUCAGGGCUUUAUCCUGCACCUGACCAGGAUGCUGAUUUGCACUCAGGACAUGCAGCCCCUCAAGGGAUCUCAGAACAAAUUACAAAUAUGAAUUAGCAGGUGCCUGGAUGAAUUUUACAAGCAGGGUGGUGGUGAGGUAGGAGGCUGUAGCAAAACUACAUUCUUAGACUCCAGACCUUUGGAUUUUUCUCAAUAUCAUUAAUAUUCAUGGGACCCUGGCCAAGUCUGGAGUUAGCUUGGAAGCUCAGAGACUGGCAGUGUAUUCUAGUUGCAAGGUCACUGGUCAUUGGACUUGGGCCUGAAUCACAGCUAUGUCUCUUUAAAUAGUUAUGUGACUUCAGGUGACUACCAUACCUCUGUACAUCUGUUUCCCUAUUUAUAAAAUAAGGAUAUUGAACUAGAUUAUUACUGAAGUCCCUCCUAGCUCUAAUUUAAAUUAAUUUGUUAAGAUAGAAUUUUGGUUGAGCUUUCCCCCAAUAUUUUUGUACAGUCUUAUUCUGUGUUUACAUUAGAGUAGUAAGAAGAACCUACAGUUUGGAGUCAGCUUUAUCUUGGUCUAGUAGCUUAUUCUGCCCCUAGUAGUGUGACUGUGGGUCACUUAAUAGCCAUUGUAACCCUGCUGAGCUACAGUGUCCUCAUCCAGUAAAAGGAAAUGACAGCUUGUUUUUAAAAGGCUGAUGUGCGACCCAAAAGGAAUUCAAUGAGGUAGUAUAUGUAAAAAUACCUAAUUCAGAAAAUAUGAGGUGCUCAGAAAAUGUGAGUUGCCUUGUAGGGUGCAAGGGCUUCUUUCAUGUCAUGUCGGUCUGAUGCAGAUUCUUCAAGUAUUGGAAGAGAUUUCAGACAUAGACUGGUGAUGCAGCGGCACAUUCAGCUGUGUUUGGCUUCUUAAUGAAAAAGACAGAGGGAUUGCUGGAGAAGCAGAGGCAAAACUCAUUCACAGCAAUGUAUCCCACCAUGAAAGCCAGCACAUAAAACCUAAAGGCUAAUUAUUUGAUUAAAGUAAUUAGAAUAGUAUCUUGACUCUUUGAGAGGUUAAAUGGAGUCAAGGUAAAUAUAUAUAUGUAUAUAUACACAUAUAUAUUAAAAAUACAUGGAAACAUACAUGUUUAUUCCUGUAAAUGACUAACUUAAAAGGAUUUUUCCUCAAGUCAACAUUCAUUAGCUCAAAUAAUUACAAAAAUAAAAAUAAGCCACAAGUUUCACUGUUGGGUGUAGGUAAUACUACAUGUGAUUAAAACUUGGGCUUUGUAAGCAGGGAGGCCUUUGUUCAGUCCUGGUCAUCCCCCCUCCCCGCCCCCCCCCCCCACACACACACUUUAGCUCUAUCACUUUUGAGUCAUUCAGCCCCUCUGAGCCUCAGUUUCCUUAUUAGAAAUAUAAAGAUACUGUUUCCUACUUUAUUACAUUAUUGUGAAGAGAUGACAGGCUUAAAACACUUAGACUACCAGGCAUUUCAUAAACCUUCAGUGUAGUUAAUAUUUCGAAGUUACAGUAAGCUAAAUGUAUUUGAAAGUUACUCUCAUUUUUGUGAUAGAAGGAUGAUACAAAACUGGUGGGGAAAAAGUCUAUUUCCUCCGAAAGGAUAAUUCUUUAGUAACUCACUGAAAUCCUGACUGAAAACCUGAAAAGUUUGUGUGUGUCAGUGUGUGUGAAUGUCCAAUGCUUGUCUUUUACAUACAAAAUACAACUAGGAUUUUUGUUUUGGUGAUUUACUCAGCUUACCUGGUUAUAACUCUAAAGACAGAAUGCACACAGAAUAUUGAGAUCUGAGAUUUCAUUCAUUCAUUCACUCAGUAAACAUAUAAGACAUCUACUGUUUAUUAUUAGCAGUAAUAAUGUGAAUAAUAAGGGCAAAGAUGAAUCCAUCAUGAAUCCUGCAGUCAGGUAAUUUAUGGUCUGGCUGGAGAGAUAAGAUUCGUAAACAGAUAAUACAAAUAAAAAAAAAAAAUGGGUGCAAGAUAGAAAUGAAGUUCCAAGUGUUUAAGGAAAGACCAUUUCUAGUUGAGAGGAUCUAGCUGCUGAAGGGCCUUGGAAGUAGAACAUCAUGAACAAAAGUUAAAUGUUAAGGGGAAGUAUGAGAGGUUUAUUUUAGUUGAGGGGCACUGGAAAAUUUAAAAUAAAAAAUUACCUAUUUUUCCAUGGCCCGCCCUUUAAGUAGUUUAUGUAGCAAUGCAGGUGGUUCUCUUUUUUCCUGCUCUAAGCUACAUCACUCACUUCCAUCAUGGGUCCGUGAGGCUUUCAUUCUUAUGGUGGUGUAUGAAUCAGAAUUUCUUAAUAGUCUGGGGGUGGGGCAGGGUUAGAGAGGAACAUGAGGUGGAGCGAGAAGGUGCAGUUUGAAAAUGACCCCUCCCUCCAAUAUUCUAAUAUAGCUCCUGACAGAGAAUCACUGGUAUGACACUCUCAGAAAUAAAUUUUUCUGCCUUUUUUUUUUAAAUCCUGAAAUUGCUCUCCCCCCAAAAAAGCUAAAUAAGCUAAAUGAAUCUUGCAACCUCGAUGUGACUUUGUAAUAAAGAUUCUGACUCCAUUCUUGGUGUUUGACUAGACAGCUUUCAAGAUCCACCACUCCCCUCUCUCUCUCCCAGUCCAAAUCUGGGCAAGCUGAUAAAGUCCAGGUGCUUCCUUAUUUGGUACCAGCAGGAAGUUCAAAUGACACAACCCCUAGCACAAGCACUGGAACUCUCCUCCAAGCCCAACCCCCUGCUCACCAUAAAAGCCAACCCAGUCACCUUUUCCAAUUCUCUCAAGCCAUUUUUGGACCUGUUUGGGAACUUACCCUGCUCUCCCCAGAAAACUCCAGUAUGUGAGUAAUAAACCUUUUCAUACCGACUUGUUGCAUAUGUGA